GGGGUUGGACGGGGAUUUUCCUGUAUGUGUGACGGGCUCCUUGUGGAGUUUUUUUUUGUGGGGGGGCGACGACUUGCUUGCACUCGUUUUUUGUCAUAUUUCUAACUUAAUUGUGUUAAUUCAAUAACUGACGGACGGCGAAACCGAAAUGUUCUCCGUGCUAGGCGCUCAGUCCACGCUGCCACCGGGCUUCGAUGUCCAUUUAUAUUCGCGGAUGAAAAAAAAAAAAAAGCUGGACAUGACGCAAGUUUCCCUAUCUGUCACUAUUCUCAACCUGCCCACCUACCCUAACGUAACCCUAAUUUACUUUUUUUUAAGCACAUGAGAACAAUGCUGCGUUCAAGUGUCCGUCAGCGAUGCUCACAUUUUACACUCCUGAACAAGUGUGCGCGUUUUGGCUUUUAGGUCACUUUAUAUUCGCUUUCUCGGGCAUAGCACGCAAAAGCUCACACUUCUUCCCCAUGCGAUAUCACUUUGUGGAACUUAGCCUCGAUCCCAAGCGACCACAUGUCCGGCCCACUUUUUUAAAAAAAGCAUGAAUUAUUAUCAAUAGAGCUUGUGGAGAUGGCGAUACACGAAGACGGUGCUCAUCGGAGCAGAGCAGCAAGGCAGGUUAAUACUCCAACAAUACAAGCAACACAUGAUUUGGGAAGAGAGGACUGACAGCCUUGCCUAGUGCCCGGCCUCUGUUCAGCCAUCUCCACCAGCAAACUGAAGCUUGACCCGCACUUCAUCACCAGCCGCACGUCAUCUAACUGUCACAUCAGUUGCAAGGGGAUGACCGAGCGCAUUCAUAACAUCAAUCUCCACAACUUCAGCAAUUCUGUACUUGAGACCCUCAAUGAGCAGCGCAACCGUGGGCACUUUUGUGAUGUGACUGUUCGGAUCCAUGGAAGUAUGCUGCGAGCUCACCGCUGCGUGCUGGCCGCUGGAAGCCCCUUCUUUCAGGACAAGCUGCUUUUGGGCUACAGCGACAUUGAGAUCCCCUCUGUGGUCUCGGUGCAAUCCAUCCAAAAGUUGAUUGACUUUAUGUACAGCGGGAUUCUGCGAGUGUCUCAGUCGGAGGCCCUGCAGAUCCUAACUGCAGCCAGCAUCUUGCAGAUCAAGACCGUCAUCGAUGAGUGCACUCGCAUCGUGUCCCAGAAUGUGGGCCUGGCAGGCCCGGGAGGCUUCCCCGUUAUACCAGGAGACUCUGGUCAGGACACCCCCCGUGGCACGCCAGAGUCCGGCACGUCCGGGCCGAGUAGUGACGCCGAGUCGGGCUGUAUGCAAACGUCGACCCAGCAGAACGUGGAUCGAGCGUACACGUCGCUGUACUCCUACUCCGGCCUCUCCAAUGGCACCCGGGAGCGCUCCCUUUACAUCAACCCCAUGGCGACCAAUUACGAUCCGAGUGUCGGUGCUCAGAAAAACCAGCAGUCGCAGGAUCCCCCCUGGAUGAACCGCAUCCAGGAUAGAUCACAGCAGGUAGACCGCUUCAUUGCCACGUCCGAAUCCACGCACUGUCGCAAGCAGCCCCGACCGGUACGCCUACAAACAGGUGGGAUGCACAUCAAGCAGGAGGCCGAAGAUGAGUACGGCUGCUUCGACAAUGUAGGGGACUGCCAGGUGGAGAAUGACCACACUCAGGGUGUGGUGAAUGAGUCCAAGGUGGAAAGUUUUGACUCGGGUGUCAGCUCCUCCAUCAGUACUGAGCCAGACGCCAUGGAGCAGCAGCCCUACCUGAGCUUUAACCGGGAUGGCGCCGGCGAAGUCCAGCAAGGGGAAGGCGGUCCGGUGCAGAUCGAGGUCAACGACUCGUCCCCGGAGCAAGUGCAGGAGCCUGACGAGGGUGACCAGAGCCACAGCACUAGUGACAGUACCAUGAUGCAACCCCUGCCCAACCCCAUAAUGUCCCAAUCCCUGGCCAGCACACCGCACUACCUGCGGCAGGUCGAGUCACACACCAGCAAUCUCCGAAUGCCGCACACCAUGACCAGCAAUUCUCAAGUGAUGGGCGCUGGGGGCACCUUCUUGCCCACGCUCUUCCCUCCGCAGCCGGCCAGAGACAACAAGUCUUUUAUUUACCUUCCCGGUCAGCAGCAGGCCCAGUUUGUGACGGUGCCGCCCCCCGCCAUGCCAUCGUUCCCCAACGCCAUGGCCGUGCCGCCAGCGCCAUCCCAGCAGCAGCAGGCAAUGAGUCAGGGGGAGAAGAAACCCUAUGCAUGCACUCUCUGCUGUAAAACCUUUACUGCAAAACAGAACUACGUCAAACACAUGUUUGUGCAUACUGGAGAGAAGCCUCACCAGUGCAGCAUCUGCUGGCGCUCGUUCUCCCUGAAGGAUUACUUAAUCAAACACAUGGUGACCCACACAGGGGUGCGGGCCUACCAGUGCAGCAUUUGCAACAAGCGCUUCACCCAGAAGAGCUCUCUCAACGUCCACAUGCGGCUGCACCGUGGCGAGAAGUCGUACGAGUGUGUCAUCUGCAAGAAGAAGUUCUCCCACAAAACCCUGCUGGAGCGCCACAUGGCCUUGCACAGCACAGGCAGCGCCAUCGCAGGGCUGACUGGCAUCACCGGCACCCCGGGCUCCGUUUCCAUCCCCAUUCCCCUCCCCAUGGCCGUCCCCGAGCCCGGCGCCGGGGUGGUGGCCCUCGCCAUGCCCGUGAGCGGAGGUGCAGGAGAAGGGCCCGGGGUCGGAAUGGGAGUGGGCAUGGCCGCGGAGGCGAGCUGCCAAGAAGGGACCACCUACAUGUGUUCUGUCUGCCCCGUCAAGUUCGACCAAAUGGAGCACUUCAACGACCACAUGCGAAUGCAUGUCUCUGACGGAUAAGUACAACUUGAUAAACUUCUCCAAAAGAAUGACAAACAAAAUGGCACUAGAUUUUCCUUUUCUUCUUUUGAGGUAUGGAGAGUAAUGAGUAUAGACACUGGCACAUUAAGUUUCCCAAAAAAAAAAAAAAAAAAACAGAUUUUCUUUUUUGUUAUUCUAAAUAAACAAAAAGAUGGUGGCCUUAAGGCUUAGUAGUUGGAUAUUGAUCUACUGGAUGGAUCCUAACUACAGGCCUCUAAAUGUAUGAUUUCCUAAAAUACUGAUUUAUGUGUUGAACACUACCGAAAGGCCUACGAAAGAAAGACAUACACACAAACACACCUUUAGUGUAGAUCUAUUUGAGUGAAUAUAAGUGGUUAUUGUGUGUGGAUCUGCAUGUGUCCCAGUGUGUGUGUGGGUGUGUGUGUGUGUUUGUGAUGCCAUUUAAAAUGGCAGUUGUGAACCCAUCCUGACCAGUUUGGAAACGAUAAAUGUCCAGACUUACUGUGGUAUAAUUUACAACAACAAUAACAACAACAAAAAUCGUCUGGGUGGGCCUCCAUAUUCCCUCUAAAAUACUGACAGUCACAAGAUUGCCUUCUAAAAGUGAAUUUAAAUAAAAAAGAAGAGAGUAGUAAAUUUGACACUGGGUUUUAUUUAUUCCUAUAGUAUUAAAAGAUUAUAAUGCAGCUAUUGUCAAGGUACAAAUUUCAAUCACUUCCUGUCAAAGAUGGCAGAAAUAAUAGUUUUGUAAUUGUACAAGCAUUUUUGAUAGUUCAGUUUCCUAAAUUAGACUGUGUUGAUGAGACAAAGUGAAAAAUAAUCAACAACAACAACAAAAAAACGUUUCUGAACUCAUUUGCAUACACUGCCACUAAUCUCCUAAAAGACUGUUAGUCAAGGCUGCGCCAAUCAUAAAAUGAGAACGACUUUUUUCUUCUUCUUUUUUAAUACUAUUUUCUUUCUCAACCUUUUACCAUUCACAGUAAGAGCAGUCUGGAAUAAGAGACUAAACUCUCUCCUUCAUAUUUGCUGCUCCUCCACUUACAUCAUACUGUUAUAGGCUGUAGAUUUUAAAACAAGAUUUGUCUCUCAAGCUAUUGUUGUUAUUGAUUAUCCUACGUGUUUUUUUCAUUUUCUAUUCACUUUCUUUAGUUUGGCUGUAAAUGUGAACAGUGUUAAAGAGAGAGACAUUCAAUUUGAAUCCCGUUUUGUUUUUGAAAUAAUUGCCAUCUGAUUGUAGAAUAGAACCAGUUCAUGACUUUUGCAGAGCUGUUUUAGCUAUGGGAGCUAAAUGCAACACUCUCAGUGAGUCACUCCUCAAACAGCCUGCAACAUUUUGAAAGGAAAGAUUGGAGAAAAACAAGUAGCUUAACCAACCACAUAAUUAUAUAUAUAUAUAUAUAUAUAUAUAUAUAUAUAUAUAUAUAUAUAUAUAUAUAUAUAAAAACACACACACAUACAUUCACCCCAAAUUGUGGAUGGACUUUCUACAUGAGAAGUAUACAUUCCAGUUUUUCUAAAAGGCUUGGACAUACAUGUACAGAUUAGAUUUGUUAGUUAGUGUGCUAAAAUGUCAUCCAUGCAUCAGGACACCACUUGAGGCUGAUAUUUGGAGUUCACUAGAUAUAGGACACACAGACACACACACACACACACGCACGUAUACAUACGCAUAUAAGUGUGGUGUAUGUAUGUGUGUAUAUAUAUAUGUGUGUGUGUGUGUGUGAAUGUGUAUUUGUAUAUAUAUGUGUGUGUGUGUAUGUGUACACACACACACACACACACGCAGCUGUGUGCAACUACAAUCUGAAGGAUUUGCUCCUUUGUGUGAGCAAAUGACUUUUGUAGUUAUGUUGCUCACAGUGCUGCAGAUAUAAAAAUAAAUACACAAAAAUGUGUUAUUUUGCACAUUUUCUUAAAAUGCCUGUGCUUAAUAUUUAAUCAUUUGUUAAUUUAAAUAAACUAUGAUUUUAUUUUUUUCAAUUUUAAAGCAGAAAAUUCUUUUUUCAAAAACUCUUGAUAAGUGGACUGCGUUAUUUUCUUGCAUAUAUGUUGCACUGCUUAAACCAAUAAGUGCACUACUGUUAACAGAGAUAUAGUUUUAGAAAAGAGGAUUUUUAAAAAAAAAAUCUAACAUUUGGUUAUAGAGUUCACGUGUUAGCAUAGCUUUGUUUCAAUUUUAAAGUAGUUCAGCGGUUCUUGGCUUUUGUUAUUGCUUGCAGUUACCUGCAGUAUAUCAAUACAUAUACUGUUUGUACAUUACUUGUGCCGUUUCGAUGCAAGCAUUUAUUUAAAUGUGGAACAUGACGUGCUCAUCUAUGUUUUAUCUUUUUUUUAAGUUAAUGUUUUAUGGAGUCACUUCCGUGUAACUCAAUAAUUCAAUUGCAUUUCUUUAAAGAGACAGAAUUUUCCUUAUAGCCAAACGGUGAAACGGCAACAGUAAUAAUAACGGCAACUUCUGUCUGACUUGGUGGUAGUGGUAAUAACAGCUAUUAUCACGCUAUUAAUAAUAAUAAUACAUUUAUUAUUGUGUGUGUGUGCGUGUGUGUGUGUGUGUGUGUGUGUGUAAUAUAGAUGACAUAUGUGUCCUAGUACAACUUUUGGGUGGGCGUGGAAAGGUGAUGGAAUGCAGCUUCUUUGAUAAUACUGUAUGUGUCUGUGGGUUGUGCACCGUUGUGUCCUUUCCUUCCUUUAGUGAGUGUCGUUGUGUCUGUGUGCUCUUUUAGCCGAAUCAAACUGUUGAUAAGCGAAAUAUUUUGACCUUGUAGGGCUUCCUUUGCAAUAUGCAGCGCAGGUACAACACGAGGAGUGGCUCCUCACCACACCUUUUGGGCUCAUAGGACACCUCCAAAACUGAGAGUUGGAAGUCAAAAUUGUUUUCUAAAUUUCAUCCAACUACAACUGAGAGUUCUCCUCAUGUAAACAUUGACAUUUAUUUCACAGUUACCUGUCUCAUUUAUGGUGUGCGUAUUAGCCUAAAAAAAAAUGGUGCGGCCCCUUUUUUGUAGCUGUUGCUGCCAGGAUGGCAAAUGUGCUGCAUGCUAGUGCUCUAUUUGUCUUGACACAGCACGUGGAGGGUCAUCUCUUGCCUUAACAGACAAUGCACUAAAUAGUCUAUGUAAGCAAACUGCCGAGUUCUCUUUUCCAACAGUAUUGCCACAUUUUUGGGCACACAGCUUACGGUGUCUUGUCGGUCGAGCACCAACACUGCCAAACAAACGUCAGCUUUCCGCGCAGAGGCAGACAUGUUUCAGUGUAAUGUACGUAUUCAGUGAUUUAGCAUUCCUUCAUGGCACCUGCUUUUUGCAUAGUUUGUGUAAACACAUAUAUCUAAUGCACUAUAGACUGUAGCUAGAUGAGUACAACCAGCUUUGUGGUAUCAAUGGUCUAAAUAGUAGGUUAAGUAGCUUGUCGUUGGCUUUGGACAAUAUUUUCAUUUCAGAAUUACACUAUAAGAGUGUCUCGCUAUCAUUUUUAUGUUGUUGUUGUGGUGGUGGUGGUGGUGGUUUUCUGGAAUAACAAGUAGCCAAUCUCUCUGGAUGAGGGCUAAUAACUCAUCCCAUCACUCGUUGACUUGUAUGAUAAGAUUGAAAGGAAAGGAGCCUUCUUCUUCUUCUCCCCAGUGUGCAUUAGCUUCGCUUCACUGUCCAUAGUUAUACAGUACAGUAUAUUCUUUAUUCUAUUUCAGAUACUCGUGGUGGGGCUUCACAAUAUUUUGUCUGUGUUGCAAAGAAAAAUUGUAAAAAUGGUUUAAAAAGUUGCAGCCCCUUUCAGAAAAGAUGGUCCUUUGCGCAUUUCUUGUAGUUUUAUUUAAGGGAUCUUUUCUGUUUGGCUUUUUUUUUUUUUUUUUUUUUGCAGAUUGUUGACGAAUUUUCCAGGACAAACCCCUAUUAAAUGCUCGAUACCAAUCUUGCAGCUGUUUAUAUUGUGUUCUCCAAUAAUAUGACGUUUUGUUUAUCUUAGUGUAGAGAUUCGGGGUCUACAGUACUAUGUUUGUCCUUCUCACAGUACAUUUGAUUCCUCAUUUAUUCACGAUACUUCUUUAGUUCAUCCUGCUUGUUUGUUCUGAUGAUCACACAGUAUGGUCUUGUUGUUAAUACAUGCAUAUAGCUUUCACAUAGCUGGGUCGAGGGUAGUCAAGUAAUUGAGUAAUAUUUUUCACGGUGUAUUAUACUGUACAUAUGCAUACAGUACAGUAUAGGCUUUGCAUUGAGGCGAAAACACAGGAAUGGUGAGGGUUCAUUGUAGUGUCCAUCUUCCUAGUUGUCUCCAUCAGUUUUUCUUUGUUCAAGCUUGAAUUAAGUCACAGUUAGGAAUAAAAACCACUCAGAUUAUACAUAACAGCUUUUUAUUUCCUCUACAGCACACAUCAGUGUGAAACAUAUACCUUCUGACAAAGAUAUUUAUAUAAAUAUAUACAGUAAAUAUAAAUGUAUAUAAAAGAAUCACCAUCUCCUCACAGUUGAAUGCAUUUUUCCUUGUGUGAUAUCGGGAAUAUGCCUAUCAAGUGCCUAUCAGUGCAUUCAGCAACUAUACAGAAUUUUCAUAGUUUUUCUCUCCUACAGUGCACAGAUACAAUAUAUACACAAUGUUCUAUUUAGUUAAAAAAAUAUACGACAGUAUUUAUACAAGUAAAACCAGGUGGUUGUGAGUGCAUCCGAACCCUUUAAAGUACCUGAAAUGUUCUAUUCGUAUACAGUAAAAGCAGGUUUUACAUUUUACAUGUACGCCAUGUGGAGGAUUCAAAGAUAUCAAAAAUGCACAAUCACUUACGAAUGUUUAAUGGCGGUUUUCUUCUUGCACGUUGUUCACGUACGUAGCAGGCAAGCUAGUUUGUGUGCUGUGUGACAGAGGGCAAUGUGGCUUUGUGACCUGUAGAGGGAGACGCAUGAAUGUAAAGGCUUCUUUAUACUCGCGCGGGUGGCGACUGCGCUGACGUCACUGCUGCUAUCCAGGCGCAGUUUGCCUUUAUACUCCAGCGCAACCCACGCGCACAGUUUUUAAAAUGGACUGCAGUUCUCCUCCAAGAGUCGCUACGGCUGGUAUUGGCUCGGACAUCACAGGGUGUUGUUUCCUCUGCAUUUUUGGCCAUUUCCGGUAGCCGUUUUUACUUUCCUUUCCGUAACAAGGAACAAAGCAACAACAAUGGCGACUGUGGAACAGUGUCUGCUAGAACAAAUGGACCUAGAUGACCAGAUGAUACAUUUAAUUAUGCUGCAAAAUCGAUUAAGAAGGCGGUGGCGUAGAUGGUCUGUAGAACCAAGGGGAACGCUUAGUACGUCAUCACAGCAUGUGACUAAGACGGACCAAUCAGGAGAGAUGAUCUCCGCGGCAUUCUACACGCAGCAACAAUUUUUGCCGUGUGCGCGUCAAGUGACGGGCCAAUGCGUCGGUCACGUGAUGAUGAAACUCAAGAUGUUUGUUUAUGCCUGUUACGUGGCCAUGGUCUACCACCUAAGUAGAUUAUCAGGCCCUUUAGUUGACAAGGUCAAAGUACACCGGGUGCCCUUUGAACCUAAUGAUAGGGCGCCAUUGUAUACAAAUCUGAUGCCAAAUUCCCUAACCUAAUGUUGAUGAAUGCUUUAUCUGAUCUCUUUGUACAUGCAGCCGAAAAGUGGAGCGACGUGCAUAAAGAAACUUGUCAAGACAUUUUUUAGUAAUCCCUCUUUGGAGGAAAAGUCUUGAAAUCAAGAUUCGAAAAUUUAGUGAAGACAACACAUGAUUGUUCCACAAAGGUCUGUAAAAGCGCUUUGUGUCAGACAUGAAGUUUUAGGAUGGCGAUGACGGUGUGGCUGUGAGAUUAAAGGUUUUGGACCGGCUCAUUAUUGUGUCCCCUGUUGACUAAUUACCACACUUUCAUUCUCCAGCCCGGUCAACGUGCCAAAUUGAAAAUUUUAGGGGGGGUGGGAACUCUUCACGUUAAAACUACUAUUGUUAAUUAGUACAAAGGACUGUUAGGGCCACAGUGAAAAGAAAAAAAAGAAUAAUGAGGCUACAAGAACAAAGUAUUUAUUUUUCACGAAUAAAAGUUGCAGUGUUACAAGCAAAAAGUCGUAAUGUUCAACACCUAAACAUCACAGUACGAGACCAGCAGCCACUCUCUGUCUCCAGAGUGCUGCCAUGUACACUAAUGAGUUACUAUUGUUAAAUAUUUGUUAAAAACACUUUUGAUUGAAAAUUUAACAGAGCCACGCAAACUCUCGCAUUAAGAUGUUUAUAAAUGCUGUUUAAAACAUUGACCAUUUCAUGACUACUUUAUUCUGGUAAAAUUGCAUCUUUAUUCUUGCAAGAUUAUACAUUUUUCACAAAGGAAUAUGAGUUAUUCUUGUAGUAAAUGUAUUUUCUUUCUUUUCUUUUCAAAGGGGCCCUAAUACAGUCUACUUUGUAAAUUACUUUUGAAAAACAAGAAGAAUCACAUUAAACAUACAGCAGGUCAUACCAAAUGAAGUGAUUGCCUUCACUUUGGUUCUUUAAGUCCUCCAUCAUCCAUACUUUUUACUAGGAGAAAACAGCUAUGACUAUAAACAGAUACUUGUUUGAAAGGCUUACUUUCAUUGACAUUCAAAAUAAGCAUCCGUGAUACAGGCAACGUGAUAGCUCGUCCCUGUCAUCCAUCCGUCAAUCACACACACUACAUCCACCCGCAUUUUAAUGUCAGUCAUAUUCUUUAGGACCUUUUUUUUUCUCCAUUAUGACACAACCCUAUUUAGUUUUUUAAAGCAUCAGCUACCACUGUUGUAUCAGUCCAACUCUACUGUGCAGUCCUGUUCAAAGUCUCUAAAGCAGUGGUUCUCUAACUUUUUACAAAAACUACCACCUCGAAAAAUACCACCAUAAUGACCAUCAUUAAAAUACAGUUGUGUAGUAGGCCCGUAGUAGGUACUGUUAACCAGUGUUUUCCCACCUUUAUCAAGCCAAGGCACCCAUUUUACAUUGCAAAAAUCUCACGGCACACGUCGAUCUCGUCUCAAUUUACAAAUUGACUUAGUGUGAAAUCUGGGCCUGUUUAACUGAACACAAAGCCAAUAUACUUGCAGGAUGCCAUGACUUAUAUUUGACUUGUAUGAAUGGCAACAGGUGGAUACAGCCUUAUUGUACUUUCUGCCAUCUAAUGGAAGAGCAUUUAAUUGUUCUGCCUGUCACUAUAUGUUGUAAGCAUAGAUAAAUGAACAAUGAUAUAUUUGUAAUUGAUAAAUGAUAAUUUUCGUACAAAGUAAGUGCAAUUGAAUAAUUUCCCGCGGCCCUUGCGAUGAUCUCUCACGGCACACUACAUUAGUACUAUAUUGUAUAUCGGAAUCACUGCUGUAAACCACCAUAACAUUAUGCACAGUUUGAACAUUAACACUGCGGUUGAAUAUAGUAAAAUAGAAACUGUACUUAAAUAGUAAUUCAAUUAAAAUGUAUUGCACAAAAAGGUUGUACCUGAAUAAAUGUUAGAAGACAUCAUUUCAAAAGAUUAAAUGCAAAUGGAUUGUAUUUAAAAGUUAAAUACAACUGAACUGUACUAAUCAAAUGUACUGGAUUAAAACAAAAACAAAAGUUUAAGCCUCUGUGGCAUUAUGUACAUUUUGAACAUAAAAUUAUGUGAUUCUUUUGCAUACCAUGAGAGGGAGCCCAUGUACCACUUGUGGUACUGGUACCACAGUUUGAGAAUCACUGCUCUAUAGUAUCAGAAUCAGAAUCCUCUGUAUUUGCCAAGUAUGUCAAUUGGCUCAGCUCACCUCUUUGGCAGCACAAUUGCAUUCCCGUUCAAUCCAGAACAUUCCAGCCAGUGUUCCCGUUAAACAAUAAAUAAACAAACAAACAACUAAUGGCCCUUAUUUCAUUUAAUUUGCCAUUUCUUUUUUUAGCCAUGAGAGCACAAAGCUAUCUAGCUGUGAGCAGACCACUUCUGUAGACAACAUGCAUUACAAUGCAUAUUGUUUGUUUGGUCACGCCGCCAAACAGUAAAAGCAAACGUCAUCAAGACUUAAAGGACACAUUGGAGCACUGGGCCGUGUUAAUUACUUGAAGCCCAAUUGGCAAGGGAAAGCUGAACAAGACAAUGUUGGUUGACACAAAUCAAAGAAGGGUUGAGAUUAUAGUGUAUUUUGGAGAAAAUAAAAUGUCUUUAUCUGGUGUUUUUUUUUUUUUCUUGUUGCUUUUUGUUUUAAAGGCAGAGAGCUUAAUGUUUCUUUGGAGUUUUGUGCUUGUCUUGAUUUGAAGACCAAAUUAGAUUUAUAUACAAUGACUCUAAAAAUAAAUAAAAAAUACACCCCAUUGAUAUUUGAAAUAUGAAACCACAUACAUUGUUUCUAAAACAAAAAAAAUUCAUUCGAUAUGUGUACCAUCCCCAACUUUAACUCAAUGUAGACCCUUCACCUUCACUUUAUAUUACAUUUAAUGGAUUGCAGUUUUUUAUUAUUUACUCUUCAUACUUCUUUUUUUCUAAAUAUUGGCGCUAUACAUUUUAAAGGCUAUCCCUACAACAACAAAACUAACAUCACAACUUUUAAAUACAUUUAGCCAUUUAUACUUCAGAUGGACCAAGAUGUUAAGUUUGCACAUAUUUGUAGGUUAUGAAGCCAAAAACUGAGAGAAUAUCGACACGUGAAAUAUCUUCAUGCUCACUGCAGCAACAAAGCAAAUUGAAAUGUGCUCCAAAACUGUGAUCAUUAUGAGACAGUAUAUUUUUGUAACAACAAAAUAUCAUCCUUAAAGUUUUUCUCACAAAUUCUUAGCAAGACUUUGUUAUGUAUUUCAUUCUAUGCUCUCAAAAUAGGAAAUUGAAUUGCAGUAAUUGGUGUAAUGCUGAAGGCACGAAUUGCUUCAAUUUACAAGACGGGCGCCUUCUCGUUCUUUUUUUCUUUUGGUCAUCUUGUUUGGAGAUGAUAUGCUUUUUUGUAAACUCAGAUGUUGCUCAUGUGUGUAUUUUGUUAGGCUUUGUUUCUGUCUAAAUUAACUUGCUAUCUUAUUAUAAAUCCCACAUCCAACCCCUUAAAAAAAAAACUGGCAGAAGUGAAGCUGUUGUAGUAAAUGGUAGUUAAAGAUGACAUCAAACUAAACGACCCUGAGAUAUAUGCUGCAGUAAUGUGUUUUUAAGUUUGUUUUUGGUAAUUUAUCCUCCAAGUUUAUGUUUUAUUAUUAUUAUUGUUAUGAAACGAGCUUGUUUGAAAUGUUUUGACUGCUGUUCUGAAAUAGGGGAAAGCAUUUUUCUAAAUGUAGUAUGUGCACGGACGUUUGUUUUUAUAUAAUAUGAUUUGUCAAACACUGGACUGGAGUGAGUUUUCCAACAUUUCCAAGUUGAGCAAUGUAUUUGACAGACAUGACUGCACAGGACGUGGGAGGGAAAGGGGGCAGGGCUUAGUUGUUAAAAGUGAGACGUCAAGACAUUUCCUUUCGUUGCGGUUUGGUGAGGGGUGUAUACCCGCGUAGGUGACCCACUCUUCCAAACUGUGGCCUGGUAACUGGGGGAUGGGCAUAAUAAUCGACCCAUUCAUUGAAUGCUACUAAUUCUGUUGAUUGUAGGGAAUUGCUUGUUGGUUAAUCUCGUUGUGAAGCAAUUGAGUGCACUGCUUGGCUUCCACUUUGGCAUUGAAACAGGAGUUUAGAACAUUCAACAGCGAGAUCAAUUGCUCGUCAAAUGUAUAUUUUUUUUAUUCAUAAUAAUAAUUGUUUUGCCUAUAGUCCAAUGCCCAUCCCUACUGAUGACCGAUUGCAUUGACAAGACAUCAUAAAGGGAUAUUCCACGUGACAGACAGACAGGUAGGAGGCCUUCUUGCUAUGGUAAAGCCGAUAAUGACUAAAUCUCACAUUGUUCCACUUUCUCAAACCAGAAAAGAAAUUUGCACUAUAGACUCAUUUUGGUCUUCUUCUAUCAAAAAGCAAUAUAAUUCAUUUUACACCUCUUAGAAACCAUAGUUGUUUGUUGGCGUCUGUGGUGCACAUUGAUGUUUUCCACAUUUGAGGGGCAUUAAAGUGUCGUUUCCUCCUGUGGUUGUUUUUGGACAAAUCAAAACAGAUGUGGGGAAAAUGAGAUUGGAUGUAAUGAGGGAAGGGAUCCAUUCUGAGUCUUCAUCAACUAUUGUUGUGUAAACAAAUAAAAAAAAACAUUGCUUAUUUGGUCAUUUUAAGUGUUUUUGUUUUCAUCUAGAAUGUUCCAAAAAUGAAAUGCACCUUUUUGUGAUAUAAACUUCAUUGGCUGCAUCCACCAAAUCUCCUUUUUCUGUCCCAACAUCAAGGUCUGACCUUGACACAAAUUAUUGUUUAGAGUGUAAAAAAAAAAUAUUUCACCAUUAUAUGCGGCAAUGUAGCUUUUCUUCCUAUUCCCACCGCUUUGUCUGGUGUUCCAGUUUGAAUAUGUUGCGUGUUCGAGGAAGCAUAAGUACGUGCCUUCUUGUAAUCUCCUUGUUAUUAUUGAGAAGCUGAAGCCAGCCAAUUGUGUUUGCACUAAAAACCAAAUUGCUUUUUGUUUUGUGAUGUAGACUAUUUAAAGCGAGCUUGUUGCGUCACUUUAAACCAUACAGUAUGCAUGAGGGUAGAUUGGCUCAUCUGUCGACCUGUAAACAAAACCAGUGCAGCUUCUUGAGGAUCUUGUGAAUAUAUCUCGGCUUUCAAUUACAUCUCCUUUAGUCAUCCAGUUUGUCACAGUCUAAAUUGUGUAAAAAAAGACAAAAAAAUUUGUGAUAUGAAAAAAAAAAAAAAAAAAAAAAAAAAAGCAACACCAUAACUACAGUACAGCUUUUAUUUUCACAUGCCACGAUAAGAGUUACCCAUUAAGUUUUUUCAAUCCAUGGGAAAGCAUGAGGUCGCCUCAAGACUAUUGGUCAAUAAAACAUUUUUUCCUUGUAUUUAUUAAAUAUUUUGUCAACAUGUGAGAAAAAAAACGUACGUGUUGAGUCUUAAAAUGCACCUUAUUCAUGUCAGUCCACGUGGGGAAAACAAAAGAAUAAUGAUUUUUUUUUUUUUUUAAGAAAAGGCUGGCUAUGUAAUAUCUCUAAUUUAGCACCUUACUACACAGCAUGUUUUCACUUUAUUCCAGUUUAGCAAUUAUUUCAUUUGGAAUCUCAUAUUUGUGUGACUUCUUCAUUCGUGGGAUGUGCCAAAGUUUGGAGGCGAUCUCCCCAACUGUUGACACUUAUCAUUUUUAUUUUUUCCUCCUCCUGCUUCAGUUAUCGCAAACUUUCCUAUAACAAGUGUGUGGAAUCGAUUUAUCUCAGCAAACAGUAUCAUAACUUGCCAUUUUACAAUAAGCCCUGUAUUUCACAUAUAUUUACCAGUGAUGUGUAUUCGUUAUUAUAAAGAAAAAUAGCCGUAAACGCUUCAUUAUGUUACACAAUAUUGUGACUUUUUUCGAAAAACUGUGAAGACUUAUCUUGCAUAUACUUUAUACAGAAGUAUUAAGCCUUAAUACAAAAGACUAAAAAAAGUGUGGAAGAAUAAACUGAUUGUUGCUAAGUAAGGAUGAUUUUUGUAAAUGUUACCAGCACUUUUUUUGUAAUUUUCACUCUGAGGUAUUGUACAAGUUCAAGCUGUUUGUGAAGUUUGAUUAUGAAGGAAUUAAAAACUAGUACUUUCCUGUACUUCACACAAUG